AUGGCGGAACGACACUGGACAGUCAGGGUUGCGGCUACAGAGGCUGACUUGGCAAUCGCGAUCGACGCAAACCCUGGCGACAUCAUCACCUGCGACUCGGACAUGCUGGCCUAUGAAUCCAUCGUGACUUUGUGGCGCCCCGUUUCAAACGGCAUGACCCUGAAUAUUCAUUAUCUUGACCCAACGGAGGUGGUGCACGGCUAUCUAGCGAACUCUCGAGUCGUUUCCAAAAACAAGGACAAUAAGGAGUUUGAAGACUCUAUUCGCGUAUUUAUCGACAAGCGGCAAACAAAACUUGACAGUGUCGAUUCCACAUCAGAUGCUCAGAUCCUGUAUGGACAACUGCGUCUUAACUUCAAGGAUCUAUGUACUCGGCACAACGAGCUCAAACGCGUCCGCACGCAGAGAGCUACCAGUGACGAGAUUGUACGCCUGCGGGCGCCAAGGUCGUGGAAUCGCUACCGUACUGUGUCUGUGGAGUCGCCAAGACAGAUCUCCAAGGCCUCUGGAACCCCUUCACAGCAUCAGCCCGGCAUCGCCCAGGAACCCACUUCUACUUCUUCGGAUCUCGAAAACCAAGGCCAUCCAGCAUUGCCUAGGACACGGACAUCCCUACACAGCCAACAGUACUCUUUCAAGCGACAUCAGGAAAAAGUGAGCCAUGAGCCUCCUGCAUGGGCCAAGCAACUCACGUGGAAAGCACUUAAGGAGAUGUCAGACUCCAACAACGACCCCUCCACCACUGACACUACGGAUAGCAAAGGCAAGCGGAAGUCGGACCAGGCGCCAUCAGCUACUGGCUUGAGGGCAUCCAAGGAGACUAACAAGCAGAGUCUCAAAAGGAGAGUGCAGAACGGAUCGAGUAACGUGUCGAUGCAGUUGCAUUGGAGCGCAGGACCUGACAUCUUCACCGCCACAGGAGCAGCGAUAACCAAUACUACUGGUCUCAGCGACGCUAAUCGACGAUUGCUUUUGCAGCGCGGCGCCACCGAUGGGACUUCUCCCCCUAUCGAUGCGGAGAAGGAGGAAGGGGAGAAGGAGGAGGACUGA